CAGUGUCAAAUUGACUAUUGCUUAUGUCAUAUCUCGUGAGUUGUGAUGUGAUUGUUCAUGUUGGGAUUUAAAAUCAAAUCUCUUUCUUCUGCUAAAUUAAAAUGGGUCUUAAAUUAUAAUCUGAAACAAACAUUUCAUACUCACUUCUAACAAAAAAGUUAAUAAGCAAAUAUGUCUAUAACUACUCUGUAUUAUCUGCAAUUAAAAAAAGAAAAUGCACACGAAGAUUCAAUUUGGUGUUGUGGAUGGAGUCAAAUAAAACCUGAGAAAAAAGCAGAAGAGCAAAAUGCAGAAAAUAACGAACAUUCACAGGACUCUAACCCAGAACCUGAGGCUCCGGAAAGUUAUAUUAUAACAGGAGGUCUUGAUGAUAUAGUGAAAAUCUGGCAGUUACAAGAUGGCAAGCUUGAAGUCAAACAUCAACUUGAAGGACAUUCACUUGGAGUCAUAUCUGUUGCAGUUAGCCCUGAUGGAAAAACAUUAGCUAGUAGUUCUCAAGAUUCCUCCCUCAUUUUGUGGGAUAUAGCAUCUGGUGAGAAGUUAAAGACUAUGGAAACAGGUGCGACAGAUGUGUGGACAUUGGAUUUUAGCCCAGAUGGCAAAAAUGUUGUAUCCGGUAGCAAUGCUGGGAAAAUUUUGAUUUUCUCUGUGGAGAGUGGAAAACAGGAACAAACUUUAGACACCAGAGGCAAAUUUACAUUAAGUGUUGCUUAUAGCCCAGAUGGUAAAUACAUAGCAAGUGGUGCAUUAGAUGGUAUUGUUAAAAUAUUUGACGUAGCUCAAGGCAAACUGGUACAUACAUUAGAAGGGCAUGCUAAGCCCAUCAGAAGUCUAUGUUUCUCCCCCGAUUCACAGCUGCUACUAACAGCUUCAGAUGAUGGUCACAUGAAACUUUAUGAUGUAGUACAUGCAAAUUUAGCUGGAACAUUAUCAGGACAUGCCUCUUGGGUUCUCUCAGUAGCAUUUUCCCCAGAUGGCAAAAGAUUUGUGUCUGGCAGUUCAGAUAGAACAGUAAGAGUUUGGGACCUAGAUACAAUGCAAUGCCAGCAUGUGUUCAAGGAGCAUAUUGAUCAGGUAUGGGGUGUGAAGUUCAAUGCAGAAAGUAAUAAAAUUGUAUCUGUAUCUGAAGAUAAGACUAUAAACAUAUAUGAUUGUCCGUUAUAGUCUGAAAUGCAAAGUGUGAAAUGAAUAUAUUUUAUAAUGUAUGC